ACAGAAAAGAAAAGAGAAAAAGAGAGGAAGAAACCAAGAGACUCAGGGGCUGACUGCAUAAAUAUUUUAAAAAAGAUUCGGAUGAUGCAGCAGGUACUAGCAAAGGCAGUGGGGCAGCUGAGCCAGGUAAGACACAGCCAACUUUUUCCAGCCCCAUAAAGUAACCCCAACCAAGGCACGCGGGGCACGCAAUUCAUGUUACAAAUGAGGGGAGAGAAAGUCACACUGAACACCAUAUCAAACGCACAGGGCAUUGAAUCAUUUCACAACCACAACGGCUUAAUAACAUUGUGUUUCAUAUAUCUGAUUGAAGCUAAGAAUAUUCACAUUAGCCCGCAAUCAUAUCCCGCCGUUUCUCGAGCGGUGUGUUCUUCUCUGCUUUUCACACUGGACAGUACGCACGCACAGUAUACUAUGUUCGCCCCCAGCCCUGCCCGAAAUCCCCCAUCCAUCGCUGCUCCUUCAAGAGCACCCCAAUCGCGUGAUUAUAGUAGACUAUCCACGAGUUUAGGAAGGCAUUGCGGGGGCUGUCACAUGCAGGCUUGGGGCGUAACGGAAUACAUUUAAUGGCGUUCGGGGGGGGGCCCCAUUCAGAGCAUUUUGUCCCGGGCCCAGCCAAAGCUGUCAGCGGCCCUGGUUGAGAGAGACAGGAAAAACAGGAAAAAUGCUUACUAAGCACGGAGAGACUGACUCAUCUAACUACCCCCUCAGCCCCCGUAUUGUCAUGUUUGAUGCCCUCCUGGCUGAUCUGGAAAGCUCGGCUUCUCCUCUCGCUCGGUGCCCUGUCCUGUUGACCUCUGACCCUCCAGUGACCUCUGACCCUUCACCCACGUGCAACCAAGACUCGGCUCAGAACCGGCCUCCUCCGCCUGCAUACACACCUCAGCAGACAGUUUCAGCUGCCAUGAAGUCCAAUAGCUCUCAGAACCCAGACAAGCUUUACAGCACGGUGUGUAAGCCUCGUUCUCCCCGUUCUCCCGACCCUCCUCCUGCCUUCUCAUCCUCAUCGGUGUUGGGGGGAGGCCUGAGUGAACUCGAUCAUCUGCUGCAGGAGCUCAAUGCCACCCAGUUCAACAUCACCGAUGAGAUUCUGGCUCAGUUCCCUACGACUAAGAAGGAGGACAAGGAGAAAUCAGGAAAGUCAGCUCCCUCCAGUGGAUCAGUGAAACCCUCCGCCACAUCAGCCACUCUGGAACUGGACAAACUGAUGGCGUCUCUGUCAGAUUUCCGUGUGCAGAGUGUGCCGGCAGCUCAGGCCAAUCCAGCGCCUUUGCAGCAACUGGUGUCCCCACCCCCGCCGCCCUCCAGCGGCUCACUGGACAGCAUGCUGGGCCUUCUCCAAUCAGAUCUGAGCAGGCAGGGAGUGUCUACUUCCUCCAAGGGAAACUGCUCUGCCUGCCAGAAACCAAUUGUGGGACAGGUGGUGACAGCGCUGGGGAGGGUGUGGCACCCUGAACACUUUGUUUGCUCCGAGUGUGAAUGUGAAUUGGGGAACCGUAACUUCUUUGAGAAGGACGGGCGUCCGUACUGCGAGCCAGAUUACUUUAGCCUGUACUCGCCUCACUGCGCACACUGCAAUAAACCCAUUCUCAAUAAAAUGGUCACUGCGCUCGAUAAGAACUGGCAUCCAGAGUGCUUCUGCUGUGUGAAGUGCAGCCGGACGUUCGGAGAUGAAGGGUUUCAUGACCGUGAGGGACAGCAGUACUGUCAGCAGUGUUUCCUGGCGCUGUUUGCAUCACGUUGUGAAGGCUGCUCUCAGCCCAUUGUGGAGAAUUACAUCUCUGCCCUCAAUGCCCUUUGGCACCCACAGUGUUUUGUCUGCAGGGAGUGUUUCAGCCCUUUUGUGAACGGAAGCUUCUUCGAGCAUGAGGGCCAGCCGCUGUGUGAGGCACACUAUCACCAGUCUCGUGGCAGUGUGUGUCAGGCCUGUCAGCAGCCCAUCGUGGGACGCUGCGUCACUGCCAUGGGCGCCAAGUUCCACCCGCAGCACCUGGUGUGUCAGUUCUGCCUUAAACCUCUGAGCAAAGGCUGCUUCAAGGAGCAGGACAACAAGCCCUACUGCCACCCGUGUUUCCUCAAGCUCUUUGGCUGAAUUUAAAUCAGGAACGCCCUGUACAUUCACAGUAGGAAGCUUGACAGAAUCAGUAUUAUCAUGCAUCUUUUAUCCUUAUUUAAAAAUCAGACAAAAACAAGUGCAAUUUUAUAGUCAAGUGAUGUUCAAAAAUAAGCGUUUUUGUAACUUAAGUGAUGCAGAAGAGAAGAAACAAGUGAUAUGUAACUUGGAUGACCCUGUUAGCUCUAUUUACAUGCACACAAUUGCCCAAUGUUGUUAUUAGACAGAAUGAAGAUGUUUUAUAUGAAGAGUUGUUCAAGAAACAAAGCUGAUCUUGAAGCAAUGAUGUGGAGGUUUGGUUAGAAAUUGGUGUAAGUUGUUGGGAAUUUUUUUUUUUUAAAUUUAAAAUUUCACACAUCUGAGUGAAAUGUUAUUUCUGAAAGGAAAGGUUCAUCCUGUGUUUGUCACUGUGCCUUUUACAUUAGUAGCUACAUGUCAGCGAGAAGGAAUUAUUCUUUCAUUUUGUCUCACUGUAACCUUGGACUAUUAAUGUAAAUAUAAUUAUAGAGGCCGAAGAAUUGUACAUGCAAAACUAUUAUUUAAUACACUGAACAUUCCUAACAUGUAGCAUGGUCAAAGAAAGAAAGUAAGCAUUAAGCAUGUUACAUUUUCCAACAACAACUGAGACCUUACAAGCUAACACUAGCCAGCUGGUAGUGAGUGUAAGCUGCAGGAGUGAUUUAUAUUUAAUGCCUAGUCUAAGUUUAAGGUUAUCUAACUUAAUAAUUCUAGGUGUUUUAAAAUAGAAAAGUGAGCUGCCAAACAUGACCAUGUAGAGCUAACUAAUACUUGGUUUCACAUCAAAUUAUGCAAAUUAGUUAAACUUUUUAAAUAUUUAAAUACAGUUAGCUUUUAAGACAAAAGGAUUUAUUUUCUAGUAACAAUUAUUGGAACAUGCCUACACAACAGCCAAAGCAUUGAUUCUCUUGACGUUUUAAAUAAAAACAUGAAGUAAACCACACAUCGGUUGCUGAUGAUCACCAGCUGUCUUAUUUAGCUUUAAAGAAAGGAAGAAAGAAAUGCUCAUUUGCAUAAAUGAUUUCCAAAGAUCUUUUUUUACCAUUUGGAUUAAAUAUUUAAAAGUUAAUUUUGUUUCUUUAAAAAGAGAAACAAGAAUUAUUUCAGUUUAAUAUAUUUGCUUUAUGUAGCAUAUAGUCACUGAUAUUGCAUAAGUGGUUAUAGUUUCAUAUUUUACGUCUUUUUUUUUUUUUAAACAUGUAAUGUGGUAUGAUAUACUGCCAAAAAUGUAUUUUAAAAAGAUGUUUACACCUUGUUAUGCUGUUUUCAUAUUCAGAUAAGCUGUUUUUUUGUAUGUCUCCACUCUUCCUGCCACACAAUGAAGAAGACAAUAAACACCUUUCUGUAUA